UUUAUGUUCGGUUCCAAAGUACAACUAAACUCAGGUUAGCCACAUUAUGCGAAAGUUCACCGUGUCAAAGGCUUUGUUACCGAACAAGUCUUGCAGCUUGCUUCCUACCGACUGUUAGCUUACGUUUGGCGGUAAAUUAACACUAACGAUAUAAAAGUGUGUAUACAAGAGGCAACAUGAGUGCAGGAGGAGAAACAGCCGAGGAAACCGCUAAAGCUUCAGUUCCCAUCCAGGCUCACGUUAUAGACCAACCGAAAAGAAAGAAAAUUAUUAACAUUGUUUACCUCAUCGCUACUUUGGACAUCACAUGGAUGUUUUUACAGUUCUCCGUCACCCCUUAUUUGGCAAAGAAACUUGGUUUCGACACCUUGUGGCUUGGUUAUUUGCAAACCAUGGUUGGUUUAAUCCAGCUGUUGGGUGGUCCUAUGUUUGGAAGGUUUGCAGAUAUCUUCGGAGCCCGGGCAGCUUUGUCCCUGUCAUGUUCUGCGACAAUCGUUUUCUUUCUGCUGCUGGCCAUUGCAUCAAGUCCUGCCAUGCUGUUCCUCCACAAAGUCCCCACAGUCUUCAUGCAUGUUCUACCUGCAUCUCAGAUGGUAGUUGCGGACCUUUCAGAACCUGAUAAACGGGCAGACGCUUUAUCCAAAAUAGGUCUGUGUUUUGGCAUCGGAAUGAUUGCAGGAUCCACGUUGGGCGGCCAGCUUAACACACGCUAUGGACACACACCCCCCCCCCGCGCUCGGAGGACGGGGCGUAUUGUGAUUGAUGAAAAUGUGAUUGUCGUUCGUUGUCAACCUUACCACGGUGAGAACAAAAGCAAGUCAAUAUUCAACGUGGGAGAGAUCACAAGACUGUUGAAGUUUCCAGGUGUGAUGCGGACUUUUGUUGUGAAGAUAAUUGCAGGUUUACCAUCAGGGAUUUUUCAAGUAAUGUUCUCAAUCAUUGCAAUGGAGUUCUUCAAGCUGAAACCCCAGCAGAACGGCUAUCUGAUGGCUUAUUUUGGUAUAACUUCAAUGGUUAUUCAGGGAGGAGUGAUCGGUCGGAUGACUGCGAGAUACUCUGAGGGCUCUCUGCUGCUUCUGUCCAUAGGAGUUUCUUCUUUGGUGGGACUUGCUCAGGCUUACAUGCAGAAUGUGUUCCAGUUCUGCCUUACCGUCAUCCCGAUGAUGUUUGCUCUCAGUACAUUUAAUGUCAUCACAGAUAGCAUGCUCACCAAGAAUGUGCCAUCCUCUGACACAGGCACGAUGCUGGGGCUGUGUGCAUCCGUCCAAUCUCUUCUUCGUACAGUAGGACCGACGGUUGGUGGCUUCCUGUAUGUGAACUACGGAGUUUCCUCCAUCGGCCUUAUCCAGUUUGUCGUGAAUAUAGCCGUGUUUGUGUACCUGCUGCAGCGCCACUUCACAAAGACAGCCAAGCAAAAGGAAUGAAAUAUUUUAGUUUUUUUAAAAGCUUAUUUUUCGUAUCCAAUUCAUCCACCAACUGAUAGAGGAGCUGGAAAUUCAAGUUUAGAUUUUUAGGGACAAUCAUCUCUACAUGUGCAUAUAUUCAAUUAAAUCUGUCGCAGGUGUUUACAUGAUGAGAUAAGGUCAAGCCUUUCCACUCCUCCAUUAUUCAGAUUCCCUGUGGAAUGGAUAAUGUUGCUGGUUAAUCUUUGGUGGAGAUGCAGGACUCAACCACUAGAUGGCAGCAAGCCCUUAAUUUGACCAGAUGAUGCUGUUGUGUUCCAUCAUUCACAAUAGGUAAAAUCACUUUUAAACACACUUUAAAAUCCGUUACAGAUUUACAGAAUCAAAAAUGAUUAAAUAUUAGACAUAUCAACUAGCUCCUAAAAGAACACAGUUAUAUCAGAUUUUUUUUAAAUGAAAGUUUAUUUUCUUAUUGGUCAUU